CCGACGGCGCGCGCUCGUGCAGGGGCGGGCUGAGCUGCUGGCGCUGUGGCACGUGACGUGGCUGUGCACCUUUUGCGGGCUCUGCGGAGGGAUGCUGCUGGCUUGCAGAUUGGAAAGUCUGUGAAUGAAUGCUUUGGUAAUGUCUUUGCGAUCAUCUCCACACAGCCCAAGAAACUUGUGUGCUAACUUCCCUAAAGUUUGUUCUUCUGUGAUUUGUCAGAGAUAUCAUUGGUUCCAAGUUUGUGUGGGUGAUACGAUGGGAAAAUGUCAACAGUAAAAGGAAGACUUGGGGCGCUUUGCAUCUCUGAUGUCGGCAUUUUUCUCUGUGAUGGCACGCAACGAAACUCUGAGAGACGGGUUUGGUGCUCUGAAUGUGAGCACCCAAUUCACAGACUUCAGUUCCACAGCCUUACCUCCUCCACUCAGGUUUUUAUUGGCCAUAAUAAUGCUUGUCAUGAUUGCCAUAGGCUUCGUUGGCAAUGCCAUUGUUUGCCUCAUUGUCUACCAAAAACCGGCCAUGCGCUCAGCAAUCAAUCUGCUUUUAGCUACUUUGGCCUUCUCUGACAUCAUGCUGUCUUUGUUCUGUAUGCCUUUCACUGCCAUCACUGUCGUAACAGUGGACUGGAACUUUGGGGCUUACUUCUGCCGACUGUCAGCCAUGCUCUAUUGGUUCUUUGUCUUGGAAGGAGUCUCUAUACUGUUGAUAAUUAGUGUGGAUCGAUUCCUUAUCAUUGUGCAGCGACAAGACAAGCUGAACCCUCGUCGUGCCAAAGUCAUGAUUGCCGUUUCUUGGACCUUUUCCUUCUGUAUCUCUUUUCCCUCAUUGGUUGGAUGGACAUUUAUAGAAGUCCCAAGCCGGGCUCCCCAGUGUGUUCUAGGGUACACAGAGUUUCCUGCAGACCGAGCUUAUGCUGUGACAUUAAUUGUGGCUGUUUUCUUUGUCCCUUUCAGUGUCAUGUUGUAUUCUUACCUUUGCAUUCUGAAUACUGUCCGCCGGAAUACUGUCAGGAUCCACAACCAUACUGACAACAUGUGCUUGAGUCAGGUGAGAAAACUGGGCCUGAUGGGGCUGCCAAAGCCUCAUCAGAUGAAUGUUGACAUGAGCUUCAAGACCAGGGCCUUCACAACCAUUCUCAUCUUGUUUGUUGGCUUUUCCCUCUGCUGGCUCCCCCACACAGUAUUCAGCUUGAUGUCUGUGUUCAGCAGACAGUUCUAUUAUAGCCCCUCAUUCUACAUCACCAGCACUUAUGUGUUGUGGCUGAGUUACCUCAAAUCGGUGUUCAAUCCUGUCAUCUACUGUUGGAGAAUCAAGAAAUUCCGUGAGGCCUGUCUGGAGUUCAUGCCGAAAACGUUAAAGAUCUUUCCUAAAGUGCCUGGACGAACCAAAAGGAGAAUAAGGCCAAGCACGAUAUAUGUGUGUAGCGAGUAUCAGUCUGCAGUUUAGGACUAAAGCAGGAGCGUUCUUGGGAAGAAACAGAAAGUUUGAAUCAGCCACAGCCUGUCUCUCUCCUCACUACUUUUCCACUGCCAUUUCGCAGUGCUGUCUUUGGUGUCAACUGCACAGUACAUUGGAACUUUUUCAUGUUACCCAUUCAGUAACAGCACAUGUAACAAUAGUCUGACGGUAAGAAAAUAAAAAGAUUUGACUAAAUAUUCUGCCAGCAAAUUGAA